AUGGGUAUUCGACGAAUCGUUUCAAAGCUUCUAACUGGAACAGAUUCGUCUAGUCAGGAUAGCCGGAUGUGGAUGGACACUGCGUGUAUUCAACACAUAGAACCAUUCACCACUGGAAGAGUGACGAAGAAUUUCACAGCCACGGUUGCCGAUGAGCUCUCCGUAGCAAAAGGAGCCAAGGUGAAAGCCAUCUAUCGUGAAGACGACUGGAUCUACGUCCAUGCUACGGAUGGGAAACGUGGUUUCGUGCCUCAAGGUUAUUGUCGAUUAAAUGUAGACACGCAUGAAGGCGUUCAACCGAAACUGAACAAACCAUCAGCAAAGUUACGUCGAAGAAGUUCGAGAAAAGACCAAGAAAACGCAACGACGAUUCCCGUCAGAAAUUACCGGCAUGAUGACAUCAACAAAUCUAGCCUGCAAAGGUUCCUGGAUAGCCUUCCAGUGAAAAAGGAUGAAGGACAGCCAUUUCAAACAAAAGAGCUUGGCCGCGCUAGAAUUCGUCAUCGAUACGACGCUAUCAGGACGGACGACAUUAACGUGUGGGAAGGAGAGGAGGUCAUCAUCCUGAACACUGAUGAUAAGGAAUGGACCUACGUUCGUAACAGAAACCAUAAUGAAGGAUUUGUGCCAGCAAACCAUCUUGACAUUUUUGAACAAAAAUCCCAAGCGAAAUCUAGCGUAGAAAAUGAGCAUCGUCUUGUGAUUGAGGAUUUUGAUGGACGUCAUGCUCUGGACAUUACCGUAGAGCAAGGCGAGUGGAUUACGGUAAUCUCCAAUGAUCCAGAUGGAUGGAUGUGGGUACGACGUUUACGAGAUAAUAGUGAAGGAUUCCUGCCUUCGCGAAUGGCUGUUCUAGCCACUAAUUUAUGA